CCGUGCAAUUUGUAUCGGGUGAGUGUGAACUCUCGUGUUGGUCCCCUGCAUAGACUCUCGUUAGUUUAACUCAGCGACGCGCCAUGCAACGCGGCGCGUGAUCGAAGCGAUCGCGCGUCGCACGUGCGGUCAUUGCUCUCACUUCCCGAUCGAGCUCGAGCUCGAGCUCGAUCGAUCCAACCGAGCUCAGCCGCGCGUAUAAAUGGCCACCUUUCCACCUCGGGCAAAGCAAUUAGCUAGAUCGAGGCUUCCUUCCAUCGAGGCAAGGCAGAUCCAGAGUCACGGAGAGAUAUAUAGAAGUAGAAAGAUCUCAGCUGCAAACGGGGAGUAGUGAUAGUCUAGAUUCUAGAGGACAUGGCGGCACUUGUCACUCCGGCUGCUUCAGUGGUGUCCGGGCUGGUGGUGCGGGGCCGGGAGUCCGCCGCCCUCCUCGAGGCCUUGCUCCAGGGGGGCUCGCCGCAGGAGCACGGCGGGAUCCGGGAGCUCGCCGCGGAGAUCCUUCUCUGCUGCGACCGCGCACUCGCCGCGCUCCACGGCCGCGACGGCGUGCACGCGGUCGCGCUCGCCAGCAGGAAGCGCAAGUCGUCUGAGCCCGACGGCGCAGCCGCUCAGACGAGGCCGAAAAGAAGGAUGCGCGCGAACAGCGGAUCGACGGCGACGAGGGUCGAGAAGCGGUGGACGGCGGAGGACGGCUUCAUAUGGAGAAAGUACGGGCAGAAGGAGAUCACGCACAGCAAGCACCCGAGGCUCUACUUCAGGUGCUCCUACAAGCACGACAUCGGCUGCCCGGCGACGAGGCAGGUCCAGCAGUCGGACGACGACCUCUCCCUCUACGUCAUCACCUACUUCGGCGACCACACCUGCUGCCAAGGCGACGGAGCCGUCGCCGCUGAAGAGGAAGAGGACGUCAAGAUGCAACCGUUCGUCAUCAACUUCGGGUCGGCCACAGCGAGCAGCACCAGCGGCUCGCCUUGGCAAAACUCUGACGACGGUGAUGGCCGGAGCGAGAUCUCACGCUCGCCGCAGGCCUUAUGCUUGCCGGAGGGAGGAGAAGCAGACGGCCUACGACUGAAGGUGACCAAAGUUGAGGCAACUUCGUUCGACUCGCAGCCAGCGGGCCCGGCGGCGGCAGAGCUGAGCUCGUCACCCGACGUUUCUUGUGCUUCCCCAGCAUGGGAUCCUUUAUCCAGCUGCUUGGAGUGGGAUCAAUUCGUCGAGAGCUCAUUCGAUUUCGUUAGUGGAUUCAUCGAUUUCGAUGACUUUGAUUUGUACCAAUAGCAUGGUGAAUUUCCUCGUGUGAUGGAUAUAGCUAGAUGGCCAACUUAAUUUUGUGAGGGAUAUGGAUUUCUUCUACUAUGGCGUUUUUUGCACUAGCGCUGAGCGCAAGCAUGAAAGCAAGUGUGUUGCACAUAUAUUUUUGGUUAAUGUAUUGCCUUUAGAGCUUCAGAAAUUCUGCUGUCAUCGUAAUCCUGUCCAUCUCUUUCUUCCAUUUCAAUGGCGGCAAAGUCAAGGCAGGGGCACCGUCACUGGCUUGUCAUAGAGGUGGUGACGAAGGUGGGGCCCGCUCUAUAGUGGUUAAGGUUCAGGGGUGGGUGCCCACAGGCCACCGUAGAAGAACCCGCGCCACCUUGGCU